AUGUCCUUCUUCUCCCACAACGCCUUUUCUAGCAAACCGGCUGCCUCUCCGGGCGUCCGGGGGUUUGUCGGGUGUCUCUGGCCGGGGCUUAGGGCGGGCUUGUCGCAGGACUCGGGCAGACAUGGCUCUCCCACCGGUCUGAGUGGCUAA